AUGGAACCACCUGCACCCGAAAACUCGAAGGCGCGCACCAUCAAACGCGAGGCCCAAUCCACCUCUGACUUCGAUUCCACGCAUCGUGGAGGCGACACGUCGGGUGUGCAUGGCCACGAUCUCGCCGCCGAAACUCGAGUUCCCGAUGGUUCCACUUAUCGUACGGUACCGGCCGAAGCUCUUGAGCAUACGCACACUGCAGGUGGGGUCCCAGAUGGUGGUGAGGUGGCGACGAAGAAACGUAGGGUCGCGACGCUUGCCGGAGGCUCCUGUGAUGCCGACCGCGAUUGGAAGACCAAGUUCUUCUUUCAAGAACAGUCUAUCCUGUCCAUGAAACAUGACCGCUUGGUCCACCAACAAGAGGUUCUUGAGUACCGCAAGAAGAUAUCCGACCUCGAGCUGAAAGCCGCAUUUCACGAAAACUACCACAAGGCAUUGCAUGCAAAGUGUCAACAAGAAUUAGCCAUUCAAAAGAACACGAAUGAAAACGUCGUGCUUGCUCUACAGGAAGAGAUCAUCCAGAAGAAUUUGAAGAUCAACAAGGUCGAGCAGAGCAAUCUUGAGCUGAAGCUGGCUUGCGAUGAGUUGAGUACUUGCUGCAAGCAACAGUCGGUCGAGAUUCAACGCCUCAAGAAGUUUCGGGAUACCAUGCGUCCACCUCUCGGCUCGACUUCACUGUAUCAGAGUGAGAUUUCUUCGUCUGUGACUCCUCAGCCGACUGCAGAUCAUCCGCUUCCCACCAACAAGACCUUCACGCACCCAGACGCACCCCGCCAGAACAAGACGUUCGAAGAUCAUGAAGAGAAAUUCAAGCACAGACUCAGUCAAGGCAAAGUAUGGCCCUACAAGUAUGGCUCCAACAACUACUGGGACCUCGGUCUCUGCUAUACUCACUUCUGCACCAAGAACGUCUGCAAGACGCCCAACUGUGAGUAUCGUCACAGUCCUCUGACUGAUGAAGAGCGCUGCUACAUACGCCGCCUCCAGCCUGUCGGCGGCAAAUUCCUCCAGGACUUUGCCAUCACGAAUGACGACGUUAACGAUGGUUUCGUCUAG